AUUCUACCACCGCCACCGUAGUUUUCACCGGAAUUGGGCACCUUCCCGACGCAAACGGGACCUUGUCCCCUCACCGCCUUCUAGUUUUUUUUUCGUUGGUGAGACUGUAGAUCUGUGGUUUCUGUGACCAGUCCAUCCCGCUUCAAGAUGCAAGGAGGAUCAACAGGCGUCGGCUAUGGCCUCAAGUAUCAGGCUAGAUGCAUCGCCGACGUGAAAGCGGACACAGAUCACACCAGUUUCCUCGCCGGAACUCUUAGCCUGAAAGAAGAAAACGAGGUGCAUCUGAUUCGGCUGUCUGCAGGCGGCACAGAGUUGAUCUGCGAGGGUCUGUUUUCUCAUCCCAAUGAGAUCUGGGAUCUUGCGUCUUGCCCCUUCGAUCAACGCAUCUUCUCCACUGUUUUCUCUUCAGGAGAAACUUAUGGAGCAGCUAUAUGGCAGGUGCCUGAGCUAUACGGGCAACUAAAUUCCCCACAACUGGAAUGCAUGGCUUCUCUUGAUGCACACAAUUCAAAGAUUAGAUGCACGCUUUGGUGGUCUACUGGAAGGCAUGACAAGUUGGUUACCAUUGAUGAACAAAAUGUUUUUCUGUGGAGCUUUGAUGCAUCAAAAAAGACUGCCCAAGUGCAAGCACAAGAAUCAGCUGGCUUGCUUCACUCUUUAUCUGGGGGAGCUUGGGAUCCACAUGAUUAUAAUGCGCUUGCUUUAACAUGUGAUGCAUCAGUUCAAUUUUGGGAUCUGCGUGCGAUGACGAAAACAAAUUCAAUUGAGCGUGCUCACGUCCAAAAUGUAGACUAUGAUGCUAAGAAGUAUAUGCUAGUAACAGCUGAAGCUGAAUCUGGGAUACACAUAUGGGACCUUAGAAUGACAAAGUUUCCGUUCUUAGAGCUCCCUGGGCAUGCUCACUGGACAUGGAACGUGAAAUGCAACCCUGAGUAUGAAGGCUUAAUUCUGAGUUCUGGAACUGACUCUGCUGUCAAUUUGUGGCUGACAUCUGCUAGUGGUGCGGACUUAACUUCUGAGAGCCUGGAGUCCUCUACUAGUCAGGUGGAUCCAUUACUAAAUUCAUUCAGUGACUAUGAAGAUAGUGUCUAUGGUCUUGCUUGGAGUUAUCGAGAGCCCUGGAUGUUUGCCUCAUUGUCUUAUGAUGGGAGGGUCGUCGUGGAAUCCAUAAAGCCUCAUCUUCCAAGAAGAUGAAGGGCAAGCAAGCGCAACAUGCACUGGUUCUCAAUGUGUCCUUAAUUUUUUUGUCCCAAGCUCCCGCUCAUACCCAUUGUUUAACCAUUUCCUGAAUUUUACCAAAUGAGUUCGAGAAUAGCAUUCACACUGGAAUCAUUGUGUUGCAGUGACCCCUUCUGGUGAGGAUGAGGUUACAUCUGCUGUCAUAUAUGCAAUUCAAACUUGAAAGACUCCUUAGGUGUCCCCCCCCUCCUUUUCUUCUGUUAGGGUGUUUUUUUUGUUGUUAAUCUUGAAAACCAUUCCAUGAAUUUUGUGGCUUUGUAUGCGGAGUACAGUGUUACAUGAUGCAACCGCUGUAUCUUUGUGUCAGUGUGGUGACAUUAAUGAGGAAAAAGGAAUUAGUACCCUGAAGCAAUGUUUUGUUUUC